GGGAGGCACGGGAGGCGGAGGCAGGCGGGCGCGCGGGGAGCGAGCCGCAGCCCGGCCCAGCCAGCCCUGCCGCCACCCCGGCGUGGCCGCGCCGCCAGGGGCCCGCGAGCAGCUCCCACGGGAGGACGCGGCCGGCCAGCAUGAGCGACAACUCCACGGCGGCCAAGCCCAAGCGGGCCAAGGCGGCCUCCAAGAAGUCCGCCGACCACCCCAAGUACUCGGACAUGAUCGUGGCUGCCAUCCAGGCCGAGAAGAACCGCGCCGGCUCCUCGCGCCAGUCCAUCCAGAAAUACAUCAAGAGCCACUACUCGGUGGGCGAGAACGCCGACUCGCAGGUCAAGCUGGCCAUCCGGCGCCUGGUCACCGCCGGCGCCCUCCAGCAGACCAAGGGGGUCGGUGCCUCGGGCUCCUUCCGGCUGGCCAAGGGCGACGAGCCCGGGAGGGCAGUGGCCUUCAGGAAGGAGGCCAAGAAGGCGGUCAAGAAGGCGGCCGCGCCGAGGAAGGCGCCCAAGCCCAAGAAGGCGCCCCCCAAGGCCCCCCGCAAGAAGCCCCGGGCUGCCCCGGCCAAGAAAGCCAAGAAGCAGCCGGCUGCCACGCCCAAGAAAGCCAAAAAGCCCAGGGCCGUGCGGGCCAAGCCGGUCAAGGCCUCCAAACCCAAGAAGGCCAAGCCGGUCAAGGCCAAGGCCAAGGCCAGCGCCAGGAGGGCGGGCAAGAAGAAGUGAGCGGGGCGCUCUCCCCGCCUCCUGGCGAUCCUGGCGCUCGCGCCGCGCCCCUGACUCGGAUUCCCGUUCCCGUGCGGGCUUGCCCCGUGCUGCGGGACUGCACUAGGAUGUGGCUUCGUCGGCUGGGGCAGGGGUGGGGCGGGGCGGGCGAGGCCUGCGGAGCCGGCGGGCGGGGGCUCCUGUGCGGAGUGGGGAACCUUUGGCCUGGAGGACGGGGCGGCGGCGCACCGCCGGGAGGAGGAGGAGGAGGACCCCGGGCGUGCACCUGCGGGCUCCCCGUCGUCUCGGCCGGGGAGGGGCUCGGGGGACACUGGGACCAGCCCGGGGCCGUGCUGUGGCUCCGGCGAGGGCGCCUGCGGGUGCGCGCACCCAGGUGCCUCGGAGUGCCCGGCUGAAACUCCCCGCGCGCCGGGAGGACUUCGCUUCUCCCCUGCCUUCUCCUCUCCUGGGGCUGCAGCCCCGCCGCCGCCGCGGAGUUCACCCUCGGACUUGGCACUUGGCGCGCCCCCUAAGUCGUCGCGGGGGGCGUGGACCGCCGGCCACGCCGCCCUCGGCCGCGCGGUGCGCGCGCGUCUGUGUGCGCGGCUGUCGGUCGGAGCCGGGAGAAAAUGUGCAGACCCCUCCUCCUACUUGACUAAAACAGGAACACCGCGCACCUGCGCGGCCCCCUCCCCCAACCACCUUUUUUUUUUUAAACAAGUGUUAUUCGUGCCGGGAAAAUUUUGCUGUCUUUGUAAUUUUAAAACUUUAAAAUAAAAUUGAAAAAGAA